UGCCGUGGGUGAUCUUUCAAUUCGCGCCCGAAGGGAUCCCUCACAGUCCUAGUAGGUCCGUGGCAACGUAAACUUCACGUUUUUUCCCCGCUUGCUUAUCUGCCAUUAAAAAAAAAACCCGUGGGAAACGAUGCCAACCUUCCGGAAAGCGGGCAAAAAAGCACAUAACUACGAAAUUCUGAACAACAACGUGGACUACGGAAGUCGGAAGCUCGAUCGAAUGCCCGCGGCAUACUGCGAUCGAGCCAGUCCUUAUCGCGAUCGGGUCGACUUCGGUGAGAAAACUCGAAGGGCUUGUCGUGGGGGCGCCGGAACGGUGACACCCUUCUAUCUGUGUGCGUGUAAAGUGAUUUUCGUAGGGGACGUGGCCACGGGGAAAAGUUCGCUGGUCAAUCGAUUUUGUCACGAGAUUUUCGACGCGGAAUACCGCGGCACGAUCGGAGUGGAUUUCGAAGUGGAGAAGUUCCACGUUUUGGGGCAUUCGUACAGUUUGCAGAUAUGGGACACAGCAGGUCACGAGCGUUUCAAAUGCAUAAGCCAGGCCUACUAUCGCAAUGCAAACGUCGUCGUGGCGGUUUUUGAUCAAACCAGAGCCGAAUCGUUGCUAAAUAUCCGCAGAUGGCUUGACGAAGCGUUGAAGGUUAAUCAUCCCGGAGUUUUGAAAUUUAUGGUCGGGACCAAGAAGGAUUUGCUGGAUAAUGAACCAUCCUGCUUAACGGAUGUGGAAAAGGAGGCCAUCGCCAUGUCUCGUGAUCUACAGGCGGAGUAUUGGUCCGUAUCGGCCCAAACGGGGGAGAAUGUCACUAAACUGUUCCAAAGACUGACUGCCUUGGCCUUUGACACAGCCGUACAGCGAUUGAUGGAACCGAACAAUCCCGUGGUGCAUCCCAGUGGAAAUAGUCUUCUCAAUCUCUACUUCCUCAAAAAGGACGAAAAGGACAAAAAAUUGAAAAGGUGUUCAUUUUGUAAAAUAAACUAAUUUAUUGAUCGUAGUAUACAUUGACUUAAUUUUUUGUGCUCAAAAAUGGCGCACAGAAAAUCGGAAAGAAAUCCCCGGAAAUCUCUUCCAAUUAUAAACGAAUCCCUCAAGAACGAUCUUGCCUCUCUGGUUUCCAUCCAAUGGGACUCGGAAGUGCCCCCAAGUGAAAUUGUCCUUGAA